AUGAUCGCAAAUAUGGCUGGUCCGUCGAGAGGGCAUCGUAAAUUCCUCAUUGCCUCUGCCAUCACCUUGCUCCUCCUCAUCUACGCCUGCAACUCUAGAGGUCUGUUCGUAGGCGACAACCCGUUCUGGGACAAGAUCUCAAGACCUUCAUCGCCCUCGAAAUCCUCUUCAGCGAAGGAUGUCGGCGAAUCGAUCUUUCCCGAUGACUAUCGCUACGUCUCGGACGACCAGAAGGACUGCGAAACGUUCCUCGGCGCCUCGUACCUGACGGCCGCCGCUGCCAAACAGGCGGACUACUGCGAGGCAUCCUCACCCAGCAAGUUCCACUGCUUCUUAGCGCCGCGCCGCGGCGGCGAGUACAAGUCGGAUCCGACAUGUCUGGCUCAGGGAGUCCUGUACGAUCCAAACCCCAUCGAAUCCCAUAGGACGCUCUCCGAAUCCGAUGCCGCCACUCCGAGCGAAGCACCGAAGCCAUUCUCAUUGCAAUGUACACUCAGAAACUUCACUAACGAGAUGCUUCUCCACCCGGAGAGGAAAGACUCGCUCGCCGAUGUCCCUCCGGUUGAUAAGAUGGACGUGUACUGGUUCGAUACUGGACUGGGCCAGCAGAUGAAGGAGUGGGAGUUUGACGGCCAACGGGAGCAAAAGUGCAACUCGACAGACGACGGCUGGAUCCUGCUGGUCCGCCGCGAGGGCAACACCAACGUGUGGCACAAGCUGAUGGAGCCGUGGCAAGCCAUGCACUCGCUCGACAUCAUGCAGAUGGCCAGGAACCCGGCGACGGGCACGCCGUGGCUGAGCAAAAGGGACGCGGCAGACGUGCGCGUGGUCUUUGAGGACGACCGGCAGGAGGUGUACGACCGGUGGUGGACGAUGGUGACGGGCAACGCGCCCAUCCGGCGCAGCGACCUGCAGCCCGGCACGUGCUUCAAGAACGUCAUCCUCCCCAUGGCCGGCUCGAGCAGCCCCUUCUGGUCGGCGCUGCUGGAGACCAACUACCACGACCCGUGCCAGACCCGCUUCCUCCUCGACACCUUCAUCCGCCGCCUGUUCCGGUUCCUGAACAUCGCGCCGCGCCCGGCGGGCGACAUCCACGAGGACCCCACCAUCACCAUCAUCGACAGGAAGAAGACCCGCCGGAUCAUCGACAUGGACUCCAAGAGGCAGGCCCUCGAGAGGGCGUACCCGAGGUCGCAGAUCAACAUCGUCGACUUCGCCACCAUCACGAUCGAAGACCAGGUGAGGCUGAUGCAGGCGACCGACGUGCUCGUGGGCCACCACGGCGCCGGCAUCACCAACAUCCUGUACCUGCCGCCCGACGCGGCCGUCGUCGAGAUCUUCCCCCCCUUCUUCAGCAUGCGCGGGUUCCGCUCCAUCGCGCGCAUGCGCGGGCUGACGCACUUUGCGGCCCCGAGCAUCUGGCCCGAGGAGUACAACCACACCGUCCACGGCACGCCGCUGCCGGACGGGUGGCAGCGGCCCCAGACGGACCGCACGUGGCAGACCGAUGAGGUCGUAUACAUGACGGACGAAGAUUUCUUGGGCUACAUAGACGGCGCGGUCCGGAACCAGAAGAACAAGAAGCAUGACUAG